AUGGAUCAGUCGCGAAAUCACCAGCUCCAUGGGCACUCGUCCCCAUCACUGCCAGGACAGCAACAACAAGAUUCCCAGCUCGAUCCUAGCGCCCAAAAUGUUCUUGCCGAAGCGCGAAAGAAUCUUCAAGUGCUCAUUGACUCGGGCAUCUCCAAGGACCUGCUUCACCAGUGGGUGGAGGACAGCCCUCCUUUGCAGCUGAACUUUCCAAUUCAGUCCACGCUCGCCGCCGCGCAGCAGUCCGGUUCUCUCCAUGUUCCGCCGCAACCACAGGGUCCUCCUCCGCCGCCACCGUCACGCUCGCCGUCCACCCUUCCCUCCAAUGCUUCCUUUUCUUCGAAUACCAACGCGACUUCUCCCUCGACCGCCUCGUCAACACCCACUCCUACGGGUGGCAUCCACACCGAGAUUAAGACCGAGCCUAGACACGACAAUGCCGCUGUACCGUGGAACGCGGCCAUACAUGACCCUUCUGUUAGCGCCCAGUACAUGCCAAUCCAGGAGCAGCCCGAGAGCAAUGUCUUCUUGCCGCCGUCUUACCCCUACGCACAUCGCACCCGGAUAUCCGUUUCGUCAACUAGUUCUGGUUCCUCGGGGCACGCCUCGCUCUGGUCGGUCAACUCGGCGCGUUCUUCCAUGUCCUGGCAAUCCAACGCCAGCAACCGGUCAAUGGGCCCCCCUCUUACUCCCGCCAGCGGCGCUCCUGUCAUCAACGGCUCCCAGGUAACGCCCUCUAGCGGCAGCAAGCAAAAUGUCUAUUGGUGCACCUCUUGUGAGACAAGUUUUAAGCGCAAAUACGACUGGAAACGACACGAAGACGAAUUCCACGAGCGCUGGAGAAAAUAUCCUUGUCCGGAGCCUGGUUGCAACCGUAGCUUCUGGGGCUCCAACUCGUUCAAUCAGCACCAUAAGCAGUGCCAUGGAUGCAAGACCUGCCCUCAUGCCGAAAAGGUGGUCAAGUUUCUACGGAAGCGCAAGUACUGGGCUUGCGGCUUCUGCUCCGCUCUUCACCCGGCCCGCGAACGUCACGUCGAGCACGUUGCGCGCCACUUUGAGUCUGGUCUCGGCAAAAAUGACUGGAUGCACUCACGAGUCAUCUACGGUCUCCUCCACCAGCCGCUCAUCCACACGGCCUGGGACACUCUCGUGGCAGAGAAGCACACUUCGUACGGUGGUAGACGACCUCAAUUCAGCUGGCACCCCAGCAAGACUGGUCGGGCGCAAGGCUUUCUGGAGAAGGAGAGUCCAGGGCAGCUGCAAGAUUUGCUGGAAUUCUUCUCCGGCGAUGAGGCUGAGGCACAAUGGAUUGUUUCGGUGGCGUACGACCUCGCGGAUGUUGUCAUGACCAACAACAGCAACAUGCAGUCGCCCACUGCUUCACCAUCUCAGCAGCCGGCCGGCUCUCAGCCACCGCAGCAGCAGCAGUUCUCGCAAGACGGCUCCUUUGGCCAGAUGCGACCCCCUUCCAUGCUUCCGUCAAGUACACCCGGCGAGUCUAACCAGGCUGCUUUCGGCGCCGCCCAGUUCCGAUCUUCCAACGUGUUUCCUACAAGUCAGCAAUUCCAGAUCCCUCGCCAAUCAUCAGGAUCGUCAUCCAACUCGCCUCUCACCAUGUCGCCUCCUGUCCUCGCAUCACAGGCCAGCAACUACGACAAGCGUGAGCUCCCUCCGCCACCACCUCCGCAAGGCAAUAGUGACAGCAUGAUGGACUUUGAGUACUCGCCUGCCCCUGGCGGUUUUGGAGACUGGGCCUCGAUGACCAACUCUAUGCUCGCCAGCACGCCGUCGCAAUCGGGGCAAAGCUCUGCAACGCAAAACGGUGACUGGGGCAUGAUGGGCUACUUUCCCGAUCCUCGCGUCACCUCUGCUUAA